UUGAUCGAUACUGCAGUUUUGAAUCUUUGAAUAGAUUCAGUCAGCAGAGAACCAAUUUUUUAAAAAGCUGGUAACAAAGUAACUGCGGGAAGAAAAUGUCUGACAAACAUGAACCGCAUGAACACCGGCCUGAAAAAGUUAGGCAUGCGAGCGUUUACUAUCAGGAAAGCAAAGGGCCAGCAAUCGAAGCACGACAUGUGACAAUUGUCUUAAUCUUCAUUGGCAUGACAAUUGGAAUCGGAAUGAGAACCGGCUUAUCCAUAGCCAUUGUUGCUAUGACCGACAAAACAGCCAGCUCAAAUUCAGACGUAAAGGUUUAUGAUUGGGACAACACAAGCAUUAUACUGUCGUCAUUCUUCUGGGGUUACCUGUGGCUGCAAGUCUUGGCUGGAUACCUGGGGAAGAAAUACGGUGCAAAAUAUUUCCUCGCCGUCACAUUUUUCCUAAACACCGUGGCAUUCACAAUGAUACCGUUUGCCGCUGACUGGUUGGGAUCUGCAGGCGUCAUAAUCUGCAGAGUCAUACAAGGACUGAUGCAAGGAUUUCUAUUCCCUUCGUCACAUAAUUUGCUGGGUAGGUGGGCACCAGCUGAAGAAAGAACUUUCUUGUCUGCCGUAGUUUAUGCAGGAGUAUCCUUGGGUACUAUAAUAGCGUCGAUUUUAAUUGGAUAUACAGCUUCGUCGGCUGUGGGUUGGCCCUUAUAUUUCUACGUAUUCGGCGGUCUGGGGGCGGCUUGGUGCGUCGUUUGGUUAAUAUUCGCCCACAGCAGCCCCGAACAACAUCCAAGUAUCACAAUAGAGGAAAAGAAAUACAUAGAAGUGUCCCUCGGACAGCAGAAACAGACAGAGAAAAUUCCCACUCCCUGGGUGAAAAUUUUCACCAAUAUUCAUUUCUGGGCGGUCGUUUUCGCUUACACGGGAACUGUUUGGGGUUAUGCAUUGACGAUGACAGAGACACCCACAUAUUUGAGAUACGCAAUGGAAUUUGACAUUCAAUCGAACGGAUUAACCAAUGCUCUUCCAACAGUCGGAAACGUAGCCAGCGUUUUCCUAUGUGGUGCCCUUUCAGACUACCUAAUUAAGAAAAAGAUACUAUCAAGGGUGAAUACAAGGAGAUUAUUCCAAUUGAGCGGUUGUUACGGAAUCGCCGUGUGCCUGAUAAUUAUGAGCUUCGUUACCAAGGACUACGCCUAUAUAUCCGUAAUCAUGCUGGUAUUCAUGAAUAUAUUCACUGGAUCGAUUCAAAACGGCGCCACGGUCAAUUUAAUGGACCUGUCGCCGAGAUUCUCUGGAAUCAUGAUGGGCUUCACUAAUGGAACCGGUCAAGGCAUAGGCAUUCUCUCUCCUCUCUUAGUACAGCUAAUGGUGAAGGAUCAAAGCAGCUUGGCUCAAUGGAGGACGAUAUUCCUCAUAUCAGCGGGAGCGUAUAUUGUAUCUGCGACUUUGUAUGGAAUAUUUGCUUCGGGCAAACGGGAGUCAUGGGACGGUCCGAAAGACCCAAACCUGGAGAGGAUAAAAAAAGUAUCUGUGAUAAGCUUAACUGCAAAUUAUGGACAAUUCAAUCUCAGAGACAUCAUGGAGGUUGAUAAUCUGAAGGGCAUAUUCCACCAACCAAAUAAAGGACUUGAUACUAGAGCUGAACUUGACAGGACAGGUUGUUACGGAAUCGCCUUGUGUCUAGUAGGUAUGAGUUUCGUGACGGCGGACCACGCCUAUAUAUCCGUAAUUCUGCUGGUAUUCAUUAAUAUAUUCAUGGGAUCGCUUCAAAAUGGUGCCGUGGUAAAUCUGAUGGACUUGUCGCCGUGAUUCUCUGGAAUCAUGAUGGGUUUCACUAAUAUGGUCGGUCAAGGAAUCGCCAUUCUCUCCCCAAUCUUAGUACAAUUUGUGGUGACGGAUCAAAGCAACCUGGCUCAAUGGAGGACGGUAUUCCUAAUUUCAGCCGGCACGUAUGUCGUUUCUGCGACCAUGUAUGGAAUAUUCGCUUCAGGCGAACGACAGUUGUGGGACGGUCCAAAAGAUCCUAUCAUAGAGAGGCUAAAGAAAGGGUCUAUAAUAAGUUUAACUUCGAAUUAGUGAGAAGA